AUGGCAGGAGAUGAUUGGAGGAGGAACAAUGCGGACACCCACAAAAUGAGCUCAGAAGAUGUGAGAAAAGCAAGAGCAGACAACUCACAAAGGCCACCAGGCCAUAACCCUGGUGGUGUUUUGCAUCAAAGGAGAAAUUUGCCGUAUAGUCCUACUACUAUGGCUCUGAUUGGCUUUACUAUUGCUGGUUCGAUCUUUUACUUCACUUUGUAUGCUAGGAAAAAGCCUGAAGCAAGUGCUAGGGAUGUUGCUAGGGUCAGUACUAAUACUGCUGACCCUCAUGAUACUCGUCCACGGAAAUAGAGACAAUUUCUCUGUUGUUAUUGU